GCUAGACGCUAUUGCAUGAUAUCUGUAUGAACACACACAUACAUUGCAUACAUACAACACCUGGUUAUUUGGGGCGUAGUAUCGUCGUUUCGGUUCGGUGUCAUUUAUAAAUAAUCUUAAUUUUGUGAAUGUCAUAAUUAUUUAAGCGACUUUCCACGAAAUUAAAACAUGUCCACGAAAUCUCCAGUAGAUUUGCGAUCGGAGUUGGCGGAAUUAGUGAAACGCAAAGCAGAGAUUGCUGAGACAUUAGCCAACUUGGAACGUCAAAUAUAUGCCUUUGAGGGAAGCUAUUUAGAGGAUACUCAAUUGUAUGGAAAUAUAAUAAGAGGUUGGGAUAGGUAUUUAUCAAGCAACAAAAAUACUAACAGUAAAGCUGAUAAGCGUAACAGAAAAUUUAAAGAAGCAGAAAGAUUAUUUUCUAAAUCUUCCAUUACUUCCAUGGCUGCAGUUAGCGGACUCGUUGAGAACACACAAGAAAAAAUUGAACGAUACAGUGAAUCAGAGUCUCAAAUUGGAAAUAGUGGCAGUGAGGACAAUUGCAACUUUGGCAAUUCAAAUGCAAUUCCUUCCAGUAAUAACAAAGAAGCUAGUGGGAAAAAUCAUACUACUAUUCAAAGUGGACACGUCCAAAAUAGUGGCACUCUUAAUAGCUCGGACAAUGCUUCGAUUCAAUUUUCGAACGGAUCAAUGUCUAAUGGAAAUUUAGAACAUAUUACAACACCUGUCAAAGAAUGUCAUAGUAAUAGUAAAGACUCCAAUAAAAAUAAAUCUGGAAAUAGUGCGAAAAAGAAUAGCAAUAAAAGAGCUAGGAAUAGGUAGAAAAAGGUAGAAAUUUCAUUAAUGUCAUAUUUAGUGAGAGAUGUAUUAGAAC